CUCAAUUUCUUUCCCACUGGCCACAGGUGAAAAGAACACCACACAAGGAUUUAAAGUGAGUGUUGCAUGUAUUGGAGCAUAUCUACACUGCUUUUGCAGGUUGAAGUGACAGGAAAUCAGUAGGUUAGUUUUUACUCUCCGAGAUUGCUCAAAACAUCAUUCCUGCAUAUUUCAAGACUCUACAGACAGAGACUACAGCUCAUGAAGCAGAUGCAAAGAUGGCUGUCGAGUACCAUGCCUCUACAGUGACAAACAUGGACAUCGAAAACACUAAAAUUGGAUAUAAGCAACUCUUUACAGAUGGCAGCAAGCUCCGGUAUUCAGUUUAUGCAUUGAGAAACAGCCCUUUCCGGGUUGCUACACUCUGCCUUGGUCUGCUGUGUGUCAUCCUGUUGGCUGGGGUCAUAGGUCAGAGUGUCCACUACCAAAAAGCAGAGCAAGACCAUGAGAGCAACCUAAAAGCCUUGAGUGAAGAGAAAGAGAAACUACAGGUGGACCUGAAGACAGUGCAAAAGGACAAAAGGGAUCUUCAGGCCAAAAGUAAUCAGUUACAGCAGAAUAAUGAUUACUUAAAUAAAAGGAAAGAACAGAUACAGAUCAAUAACAAUUUACUGACUGAGCAAACAAACCAACUUAAAAAUAGUCAAAGCGAGUUAAAGGCCAGUAACGAUGCUUUGAAGAAAGCGAAAGAAGAGCUAGAAGCAAGCAAAGACCAAUUGCAGAUAAGCAACAAUGCCUUGUCUACAGCCAAAGACCUGUUACAAAAAAAUUAUGAUUUAGUGGUCCAACGCAAAAGUGAGUUACAGACCAGAUAUGACUCAGUGACCAGAGACAGAGACAAUUUACAGAACAAAUACAAUAAUGUAACCAGAUCCAAAGAGCAGCUGCAAAAGGAUUACAAUGUCCUGAUCAAAGAUGUAGAGCAUUUGCAGGACAGAUACAACUUUUCUUCCCAAGAGAAAGACAAGCUAGAAAGCAGUCACCAAAACCUGACGAUAGCAAAAGACACUCUACAGGCCAAUUUCAAUGUACUUGUUAAGGCAACAGAUGAGUUGCGGGCAUCUUACAUGUCCUUGAUUCAGGAAAAAAAAGAGCUAGAAAAGAGUUGCAAAAACGUAACUGUGGAGAGAGACUGGCUGAAGACAAACAAUGACAACCUGACUGCUGAGAGAGACCAGCUUCAGAUGGAAGUGGAGAGACUGAACGCAACGAUUCAAGAUAAGAAAUGCCCCUCUGGUUGGAAGAAAUUCGAGUACAGCUGCUACUACACUUCUGAUAUCAAGAAGAACUGGAAUCGGAGCAGAGAAUUAUGUCAGGCCAAAGGAGCAGACCUGGCAAUCAUAACAAGCAAAGAAGAAAUGACCUUCAUCAAUGCCUUGUAUGGAAGUGAGAAAGAAGUCUGGAUUGGAUUAUCUGAUGGAGGAGUGGAAGGGCAAUGGCUAUGGGUAGAUGGGACACCAAUGACCAAACCGUUCUGGGGUAAAGACCAGCCCAACAGCCAUUUGGGGAGGAACCAGGACUGUGUGGAGUUCUGGCACCGUGCAUCAGGGACUGGUGACUGGAAUGAUGAGAACUGUGCCAUAGAACAAAACUGGAUCUGUGAGAAGUAGUUUUCCUAGAGAGCUCUGGAUAUCCAUCUUAUGUGAGCACUUUACACACAAUGGCACACAGCAUUGCUAACAGCUAAAACCUGAAAUGUAUUGUUGUGAUAAGUAAUGCAUUAUGAAAUCAACUUUAGCAGAUAGCCCAUUAUGUGCUGGGGCAGGUACAUUAAUAUAGGUUGCGUGGAGCAAACUCUGUAGUAUGGAACCAGUUUGGCUCAAAGAGGACCAAGCUUUCCAUAGCUAUCUGUACAUACUGUAGAAACAAUUAAGAUUUUUCUAAAGAAAGACACUUCAUGAUUAUGUUAAUUCAUUUGCUAGUGGGAUUAAUUAAUUAAGCAUUUCCCAAGAGUUGUACCUAUUAAAUAGUUCCUGCUGAGCUAGUGAUAGAGCAUCUGGGUUAAGGUUGAACUGGCUAACAUUAAUAUACGUAUUAUGCAUUAUUCAUUAUGUAUUAACAACCAUUCAAUCAGUGCUUUAACUAUUUAAAUUGACAAAUUAAAUGUUAUUUUAUGUUCUCAUAUACACCUUUUAUGUAUUCAUUCAUGAAAACACACAAAUUAAAAUAAAAGAAUUCACCUUGUA